AUGGCGGCGGUAGCGCGAGCGUCUGCUGCUGGAACAAAGCUGUGCGCUCUAGUGAGCAGUCUGUGGACCCAGACGGCGCGAGGCGCCUCGGUCCGUGGUCUCUGUAGUCAGUCUGUCUCGGUUAACGAGCGCAUCGAGAACAAGCGCCAUAGCGCGCUGCUGGGAGGGGGUCAGCACCGCAUUGACGCGCAGCAUAAGCGGGGAAAACUAACAGCCAGAGAGCGGAUCAGUCUCUUGCUGGACCCUGGAAGCUUUGUUGAGAGCGACAUGUUUGUGGAGCACAGAUGUGCUGAUUUUGGAAUGGCCGCGGAUAAGAAUAAGUUUCCUGGAGACAGUGUGGUGACUGGACGGGGCCGAAUCAAUGGAAGAUUGGUUUACGUCUUCAGUCAGGAUUUUACCGUGUUUGGAGGGAGCCUGUCAGGAGCACAUGCCCAAAAGAUCUGCAAAAUCAUGGACCAGGCCUUGACGGUGGGGGCUCCAGUGAUUGGACUGAACGAUUCCGGAGGAGCGCGGAUCCAGGAAGGGGUGGAGUCCUUGGCUGGCUACGCAGACAUCUUUCUGAGGAAUGUCCUGGCAUCUGGCGUCAUCCCCCAGAUUUCCCUCAUCAUGGGCCCGUGUGCAGGUGGUGCCGUCUACUCCCCAGCCCUGACAGACUUCACAUUCAUGGUCAAGGACACCUCCUACUUGUUCAUCACUGGCCCUGAUGUUGUGAAGUCUGUCACCAAUGAGAACGUCACCCAAGAGGAGCUUGGGGGUGCCAAAACCCACACCACCAUGUCAGGUGUGGCCCACAAGGCUUUUGAAAAUGACGUGGACGCCUUGUGUAACCUGCGGGAGUUCUUCAACUACCUGCCUCUCAGCAAUCAGGACCCCGCUCCCGUCCGCGAGUGCCACGACCCCAGCGACCGUCUAGUUCCCGAGCUCGAUACCAUUGUCCCUUUGGAGUCCACCAAAGCCUAUGACAUGGAGGACAUCAUACAUUCUGUUGUAGAUGAGCGAGAAUUUUUCGAGAUCAUGCCCAAUUAUGCCAAGAACAUCAUUGUUGGUUUUGCAAGGAUGAAUGGAAGAACUGUUGGGAUUGUUGGCAACCAGCCCAAGGUGGCCUCAGGAUGCUUGGAUAUUAAUUCUUCUGUGAAAGGGGCUCGCUUUGUCCGCUUCUGUGAUGCGUUCAACAUCCCACUCAUCACAUUCGUUGACGUCCCUGGAUUUCUGCCUGGCACGGCACAGGAGUACGGGGGCAUCAUCCGGCAUGGCGCCAAGCUCCUCUAUGCGUUUGCAGAGGCCACUGUCCCCAAGGUCACAGUCAUCACCAGGAAGGCCUAUGGAGGUGCUUAUGAUGUCAUGAGUUCCAAACACCUUUGUGGGGACACCAACUACGCCUGGCCCACAGCAGAAAUUGCUGUCAUGGGCGCCAAGGGUGCCGUGGAGAUCAUCUUCAAAGGUCACGAGAACGUGGAAGCUGCACAGGCCGAGUAUAUUGAGAAGUUUGCCAACCCUUUUCCUGCUGCGGUCAGAGGGUUUGUUGAUGAUAUCAUCCAGCCUGCCUUCACCCGGGCCCGGAUCUGCUCCGACCUGGACAUCUUGGCCAGCAAGAAGGUGCAGCGUCCUUGGAGGAAACAUGCAAAUAUUCCUCUAUAAACAAAUCAGAGGAAAUGAACCAAAGAACUAAACUACUGCCUGGCCAUUCUUGCCCCUUCCUUGCAUUUUGAAAUCAUGCACCAGAGAAUCUCAGUA